AUGCCUGUAAGUAAAAAAGAAAAAAUAUAUAAAGUAAAAACUUUUACUAAGAAAACAUCAUGUUUAAAUUGUCGAAAGUGUGGUAUAAAAUAUGAAAAAGAAGAUAGUGAGAAAAAUUGUAGUCUUUGUACAAGACAAG